AUGUCCAUGGGGUUCUCUUUCAGGUCCGGAGCUUUGGGUUCCACCACCGUAGCUGCUGGUGAGACUGGCACAGGAAGAGGAUUCUCCUUUGGGUCUGGGACAUCUAGCAAUCCUGUGGGGCUCAAUCUUGGAACUCUUGGAAACACUGCAACUCUAGCAGCCACUUCUGCACCUUCCAGUGGUUUUGUAACUGGACUCUUUGUAUCUAAGCCUGCCACUGGGUUCACUCUAGGAGGAACAAGUAGUGCAUCCACAGGAUUUACUCUAAACAAUUUGGGAGCAACAACAGCCACAACUAUAACCGCAUCCACAGGCCUUUCUUUAGGGGGAGCCUUGGCUGGUCUGGGAGGUUCACUAUUCCAGACAAAUACAGCAACAUCAGGUCUUGGACAGAAUUCUUUAACCUUGUCUUUGGGAACUACAGCACCCACUUCAAGUGAAGGCCUUGGUGGUAUAGAUUUUAGUACCUCAUCAGAUAAAAAGAGUGAUAAAACAGGAACAAGACCAGAGGAUAGUAAAGCACUGAAAAAUGAAACCCUACCUCCUGUCAUCUGUCAGAAUGUUGAAAAUCUCCAGAAAUUUGUCAAGGAACAAAAACAGGUUCAAGAAGAAAUUAGUAGAAUGUCUUCCAAAGCCAUGCUUAAAGUCCAAGAAGACAUUAAAGCUCUGAAGCAGCUUCUGUCUUUAGCUGCCAGUGGAUUGCAGAGAAACACCCUCAAUAUUGACAAGUUGAAAAUAGAAAUGUCUCAGGAAUUAAAGAAUGCUGAAAUAGCUUUAUGAACCCAGAAAACACCACCUGGACUCCAGCAUGAAAACACAGCUCCUGCUGACUACUUCAGAAUCUUGGUUCCGCAGUGUGAGGUACAGCUUCAGCAGUACAGACAACAAAUUGAAGAACUGGAAAAUCAUCUUGCCUCUCAAGCAAAUAAUUCACAUAUAACCCCUCAAGAUUUAUCAAUGGCUAUGCAGAAAAUUUAUCAAACGUUUGUAGCUUUAGCUGCACAACUUCAGUCUAUUCAUGAAAAUGUAAAGGUGCUCAAAGAACAGUACCUUAGUUACAGGAAAAUGUUCUUGGGAGAUGCUGUAGAUGUGUUUGAAGCUAGGCGAGCAGAAGCCAAGAAGUGGCAGAAUGCACCCAGAGUUACUACUGGACCCACCCCUUUCAGCACCAUGCCAAAUGCAGCAGCUGUUGCCAUGGUUGCCACACUUACACAGCAGCCACAGCCUGCUACAGGGCCACAGCCAUCUCUGGGAGUCAGUUUUGGAAUGCCAUUUGGCUCAGGUAUUGGCACUGGCUUGCAAUCAAGUGGAUUUGGUUCUUCAAACCUUGGAGGAUUUGGAGCUAGGUCUGAGUUUGGAUGCAGCACCACAGGGGCCUCUACAUUUGGAUUUGGAACAACAAAUAAACCCUCAGGAAGUCUUAGUGCAAGCUUUGGCAGCUCAAGUACGUCUGGGUUUAACUUCAGCAACCCUGGCAUCAUGGCAUCAGCUGGUUUGACAUUUGGGGUGUCCAAUCCUGCCUCUGCAGGUUUUGGAACAGGAGGACAACUCCUUCAGUUGAAGAAACCUCCAGCUGGAAACAAAAGAGGAAAAAGAUGAACAUAUGGGUUGAUGUGUUGAGAGACUGCUUAGCCAGCGCCGCUCCCUCUAUUAUUCUAUUUUUCUAAUGCAGCAAUGGAAUUGCAUCCCAGGAGAUUUA